AGCCAGACUGAUUUGCGUUGCCGCUUCGCUUUAAAGAGGAAAUUUGCGCACUCUUAAUCGCAUCAGUCUGAUGAACUUGUUUUUACGGUUUGCGUGUCGGCAUUAUUCGGCUGUGUUCAAACUAGCACUUAAACUUGGGAAAUAGCUGCGUGGCUAGCUAACUAGCCAGCUCUCUGGCUCACAGUCUUUUUUAUUUGGGAAUUUCGAAUACAAAUAAAUAAAUGUAACGUGAGGUGAAGAGUUUGCUGAAAGUUUCGCUAAGUGCCCAAACUACUUCUGACCGGUGUGUGCGAGUGGCUGUUAAACCUGUCGGAGCUAGUCCUGAACUUACUUCAGCAAUAACCCGAAGAACUAGUUAGGGGAGUUUUGUACACCGUGGUGCUGUGUUCAAACCGGACAACUUCUAACAGAAUGCGACUGAUAAGGGACCACUUGAAAUAAUCCCCACUCAGUAUCAGGCGGCUUUAAAUUGGACCAAGCACUUUUAGCGUGCGGCCUGCUGGUCAGGCUUUCGCCGCACUAGAGUUUAAGCUCUCGCCACUGUGGAGCGCGCUCAGUCCGGCUGCCUGCUUCAAACAUACUCCGGCCUGCCAACGAGCCAUGGAGAGAAUGGAAGUAGACCAGUGCGCAGGCGCAGCUGGAGGGAACGGGGGCGGGGCUUUACGGAGGUCCAACAGCGCCCCUAUGAUCACUAAUGUCAGUGAUGGAAUGACAGUGUUCAGCUCAAAUACUUCGGCCCGGUAUCGCCGGAGCAGUGUGUCUGUGAACCCAAGCUGCCCCUCUAGAACCCUGCCUUUUUCUCCAUUCUCCUUGUGCAGCGAGAGACCAGAUCAUAGGCGGCAGAUGGAGAAUAUGGAACUCACUCUCCGAGGGAGUUUACAGAGACUAAGUGCCUCAGCUACAGUCCCCUCACCUCCUGGAACUCAUUGGCAUGGGCAUCUAUCACCAGAUUUCCAUUCCCAAGACUCUGGAGUCACUCCUAAUUCUUCUCCCAGUCCAACAAGAAGGUUCAGGGGGGGGUCAGUGAGUUCAUCCGUGAGAUGGCCAGUGGUUGCACCUUUAAAAAGAAAAGGUGGAGUGGAAUCCGACGGUCCACCUAAAAAGCUCUUUGUUGCGGGAGUUACAGAUCCUGGCCACAUAUCUAGUUGCACUGUCAGUGUUUCCCAGUCGAUGGACUCUCCCUCAAGCGCUGUACCCGUAUGUCCAAGCCCUCAGAACAUCGCGCUCUCGCUUUCUCCCCCCUCGCCGUUUACAUCCCAACACCCCAGCAUCUAAUUACCACAUCGGUUCAACUCGCAACAUAAGGACAACGUUUCCGUCUUUACACUCAUCACAUCCUGAACUUUUGUUCAGAACCGUGACCUGAGUUCAGCUCUCCAUCUCACUACUUGGUGCUUUAAGGAGGAACGUAUUCGGUUUUACGUUAUUUGCAGAAGAAUAAAAAAAAAACCUUUCAGUGGGAACUUUUGAGGAAGGUUUUAUGUUGUCAGACUGAAGAUGGAAAUUGUGUCAAUGCCAGGAAUAGUGCAGUGCUAGUGCUGCCCAGUUUCAUCUGAUAAUACUUCGUUUGCACCAGGGCAAGGGUUUCCUUGCAUUUUUGUGAAAUAAUGUCAGGAUUUACACGGAGUUAUCAUGUUGCCGCUAGUGUUUUAGUGAUCGCUUUUUACACGUAAGGAUUGGCUGUGAGCAUGCAAAUACACAUCAAGGUUUUGCCUUCCAUGGAUUUAGUUUUUUUUUUUUUAAACAGGCUCUGAACAUGCUUUUCUAAUCUCAUCCACAAGCAGUGAGGUCUUCCAAAAAGUAUUUAAAAAUAAUUAUAUAUAUAUAUAUAUAUAUAUAUAUAUAUAUAUA